GCGGAGCACAUGUGACCUGGUUCAGAGAAUCAAGAUGGCAAUCAAGGUCUUGACCUUAGGGGCAGGCCAAGAUGUUGGCAAAAGUUGUAUAGUGGUGACCCUCGGUGGAAGGACAAUCAUGUUCGAUUGUGGAAUGCACAUGGGAUACAGUGAUGAGCGGAGGUUUCCAGACUUCAGUAGCAUCACCAAGACGGGCAAUUUCACUGAUGUGGUUGAUGUUGUCGUCAUCACUCAUUUUCAUUUAGAUCAUUGUGGAGCGCUGCCAUAUUUCACAGAGGUGUGCGGUUAUGAUGGGCCAAUUUAUAUGACGUACCCGACAAAGGCCUUGCUGCCGUUGAUGCUUGAAGAUUAUCGGAAGGUCAUGGUGGAGCGGAAGGGCGAAACUGAGCAGUUUAACUUACAGCACAUCAAGCAAUGCCUUCGAAAAGUAUCUGUCCUGGAUCAGAAGCAGACUGUCAGGAUUGGCCCAGAUAUCGAGAUCUGUGCCUUCUAUGCAGGACAUGUAAUUGGCGCUGCAAUGUUCUAUGUGAGGGUAAAUGGCGAAAGCGUAAUGUACACAGGUGACUACAAUGUGACUCCUGAUCGUCAUAUGGGCUCUGCCACCGUGGAUCGACUGCGACCGGAUCUCUUCAUAACAGAGUCGACUUAUGCAACGACAGUACGAGAUUCGAAGAAAGCAAGGGAACGAGAAUUUCUUAAUGCGGUCUACUCAUGCGUUUCCAAAAGCGGAAAGGUUCUGAUUCCAGUGUUUGCUCUUGGCCGAGCACAGGAGCUGUGCAUUCUGCUGGAUGAAUUCUGGGAGCAAAUGAAUCUGAAAGUCCCGAUAUACUUCUCAGCAGGAUUGACAGCGAAGGCAAAUCUGUACUACAGGUUGUUCAUCAACUGGGCGAAUGAGAAAGUGAAGGAUUCUUAUGUUUCAAGAAACACCUUCGACUUCAAGAACGUGCAGCCCUUUGACCGAGCCAGCAUCGACCAGGUAGGAGCAUGCGUACUUUUUGCAACUCCGGGAAUGCUUCAUGGAGGUCUGAGCUUAGAAGUCUUCAAGCACUGGGCGUCGUCUGAAUCAAAUAUGGUCGUUAUCCCAGGAUACUGCGUCGCUGGGACCGUAGGAAACAAGCUGAUGGGAGGAAAGCUAUCCCGGGUCGAUGUUGACAAGCGGACGUCGGUCGAGGUUCGGAUCAAGGUCCACCAACUGUCGUUUACAGCACAUGUCGACGCAAAGGGCAUUUUGCGGAUGAUACAUCAGUGUGAGCCUCGACAUGUGAUGUUAGUCCAUGGAGAGAAGCCGAAGAUGUUUGUGUUGCAGUCAAAAAUAGAGCGGGAACUCCACCUCCCAUGCCAUGUGCCUCCUAAUGGGAAAACAAUUGUGAUUCCCUCACGAGGCUGCAUCAAUUUGACUGUGUCAAGGUCUCUCGUCAAGAGCCUUGUGAAGGGGGAGUUGGACGUUAUGUUGCGGAGGGCGAUGGUAUCGAAAUCGACUUUGCAGAGGAAGACUGGAAAAAUCAAUCAGGUUGUUCUGGAGGGUGGUUCAUGUAGGAAAGGCGGCCCGGAAGAUCAAGAAGAGACGGCGGUCGGCGAGGCGGGGGAGAAGUGUGCGUUGGCUCGACCGGACGGACACGAGAUGGUGGAGGAGGAGGAGGUUGACCUCUGUGUUGUUGACAAGCAAGCAACAGCUCGUGCGGCCGAUGCAACCAACGCCCUUAUACCGCGCAAGGAGUGUGAAGCCCGGCACGACGAUGACUAUGACGACGACAAUAGAGGGAAGAGCAUGCAAAAGGAGAGAAAGGUACAGCUGAGAAAGGGAGUCAUUCCUGCAGAGGACCUUGUGAGGAACGAAAGCGAAGGUCCCAGCAAGUGGUCUCCUCCUCCUAGGGGAGUGUCUGAGUCUGAUGCGGAUUUCUCGAUUGCCGUGCCCGUGCCAAUGAGACAAGUCCUCGUCGACGGAGUUAUAAUUAGUGGAACCGAUGGACAGAAAGCCACUCUUGUGAGCCCUGAUGGUGCUGCUUCUAUUUUUGGAAUUCCUAAGCAUCAGGUCACUCUGAGCUGCUCCCAAUUCAUUUUUGCCUCACAAGAGGCAGAUGAGGAUGCGGGGAUAACGGACGAUCCUCGUUGUCCAGGCGAUCAGGUGAAGAUGGAUGGCUGUGCCAAUCUUAUACGUAGUUGUGGUCAGACCAAGACCGUCGGCAGUAAGCGCGCAGAUAGUGAUGGUAUGCUUGCUGACAAGACUGGAAGAAAUGCUGACGCAAUAGGGAAGGUAAAAAUGACGGAACAACGGCGCUCUCGACAGGAAGGAGGAGAGAUCAUAAAUGAAAAUGGCAAUGAGCCUAGCGGUGUCUGUCAAGUUGUCUCGCUGACUGUUGCAAAAGAAGAAGAGCAACCAACAGAAGAAGGCAGCCAGGAAGUUGUCGUAGACGGGAUUCACACGGCACCUACAGUUGGUGCUUGCUGCUGGAAGAGAUCAAGAGAGGGGGAAUCACCGCCGCCGUCAUCGAAUGGCGGAGUCGAAAGGUCGCCAGACACACCACAUAAAGGAGACGGCACGAAUGAAGAAGAUGAAACGGAAACUGAGGGGCGAAAAGUGGCUACAUACCCAGCAAAGAGGCAGCGAUGGCAGCCUGCAGUGUCACCCGUCCAUUCUGGCCCAGCUUUGCCGAGCUGUAGAGGACCGGAGCCCACACUUAAAGGAGAAUGGUCAGCUGAGCAUGCAGCCGAAGUUUGCCUCUUGCCGCUUCAGGAUUAUGUCGAUACCUCUUGCCACUUGCCUGCAGCGUCCUGUGGCCAGCCUGAUGAAGGUAAGAGGGAGGGGCGAGGGGGCGAGAAAGAGGCCGAUUCCACAGAGAAAGGGGUAGAUUUGCUGCCCGCCCUGAUGAAAGAAAGCGGUUGCAAUGACGACAUUCCCGAUGCUCUCGAUGUGACGCCGGCACCUCGGAUAGAUGACCAAAGUGGUGGCAAGAAGGAGCAAAGUGGCGCCGAAAGCAUUUCCAGCAAGGGAGAAGUAGAUGGGGAGAAAAUGAAGACUGACGCCAGUUCCAGAAGCGUGGUGAUAGCCCAAGCCGAUCUUGAGAAUAUCCUCUUCUACGCUUAUGCAGAGCUGAUGAAGUGGCUCGGCGUCGGGUUCUUAAGAGUUGAAGAUGGAUGCCUGAUUGCUGAAUCCUUUUGUGCCAGGGUUGUUAGCCCUGACAAGGAUUUUGAUGACAUCCCCAGUGAUGAUGACAAGCUGCCUGUAUUGCACGGAAUCAAUUAUCAUCAGGGACCACUUGAACGUCGGACGAACCGUGUCCUUGUUGGAAAAUGGGAAUGUAAUUGGGAGUACGAGGAUCAUCACUUGGCUUCCAGGAUCCUCGUUCUUCUUCAAGGUCUUCGGCUCAGACUACAAGAUUUGCUGUGAUGAUUUGUUGAAAUAUACUAUCUAUCACAACGCUUGAAG